CAUGACAGCAACAACCAAGUUCCAGUUGCAAUUCUGACACCAAAUAAAGGAUCAUAUUUAUACUCUGCUGUGCUCAGUCAAAGAUUAAACAGUUUUCAGAUCACAGGAGAAGCUUAAAGAUCAAGAAUUAUAACCACAAGUGGUCAAAAUGUCGAAAAAUAUGGAGAAACAACUCUUUAACUUAAAAUUUGCUGCUAAGCAAAUGGAUAGAAGUGCCAAAAAAUGUGAGAAGGACGAAAAAACAGAGAAAAUGAAAGUAAAGAAGGCAUUGCAGAAAGGCAACUUAGAGGGAGCUAGGAUUCAUGCUGAGAAUGCCAUUAGACAAAAGAAUCAGGGUCUGAACUUCAUGCGAAUGAGUGCCAGAGUGGAUGGGGUGGCCUCUAGGGUACAGUCUGCCAUUCAGAUGAGCCAAGUCACUAAAUCCAUGGGAAGUGUAGUCAAGAGCAUGGACACUGCCCUAAAGUCUAUGAACCUGGAAAAGGUGGCUGGAAUCAUGGACCAGUUUGAACGCCAAUUUGAGCACUUGGAUGUGCAGACUCAGACAAUGGACGAGGCAAUGAGCGGAGUCACCACACUGACAACACCAGAGGACCAAGUUGAGGGUUUGAUGAGACAGUCUGCUGAUGAGGCAGGACUUGAAUUAAAUUUGGAACUGCCAACCAACCCUACUGGCGUAGCAGCACCGGCUCAGGACGAUGAUCUUUCAGCACGUCUAGCUCAGCUCAGGAACAGCUAGGGCUACUUUGAUCGCUGAAACAUGCAAUAGGUCCACACAACACUCUGUACUGUACAAUAUUUUAUAGUUCAGAACGUUUUUAUCCAUAUGAAUGUGUAUCACUGUACUAUAAAUGUAUCUUGUGCUUGAUUUAAUUGACAUUAAUACAAUGCUGA